ACGAACGUUUCUUGCACGAACUGGCAAAAGGGUGCACAUGGACUUACUACGCAGGCAGGCAUUUAAACAUAAAUGCAGUUAUUUGUGGAUGGAUUUCCCUGAUCAGCAUCAUAAUAUCAAAUAUACUUUAAAUUUUCUAUCGCUCCUCCGGAGGUGAGCCAGGUUGCAGUGACAUGGUAAUAUUUUUUGAAUGGUACUGGAAACCCGUGGACCAGAGGAGCAGCAGUGGUUUGCCAAUGACUGGCGAAGACACUGGUUUGGGGGCUUUGGCCUCGCCACUGGUGGGGUAUUUGGGAAAAGUCAGUAGAGCUCUUGUUUUCCUCUAACUCUUGUCACUUGCGCAAAGCUGAAUUGUAUUUGAAAGAAAUACUGUGACUGCGCAGUACCAAUCCAAAUCCCCCCAAAAAACACAAAUGGAAAUCUUUGGUAGUAAAAGGCGAAAGUAUUUGGCAGAUUCUAAGCACGUCAUGUGUGGAAUCAAAGGGUGUGUGUGUAUUAUGAGAAAUGUGUAUGACAAAGAAUAUAUCUAUUAUCUACAGGUUUGAUAAAACACUCAAACUUGACAAUUACUUUCAGUGGUUCUUAUUCUUACUUGUAUAACAACUUGUAAAUCAACCAAACCAUGCUACUUUUUUUGUUCCUAUAAUGCAGGGCUAUUCAACUAAUGUUCAGCAAGGUCCAGUUCGAGAAAAUUUGCUCAUGCAAAGGUCCGGAACAUCACAGUAAUGUCUAACUUGCCAUGCUAACUAAAUAAAGUACUUCAUUUAAAAAUAAAUAAAUAGCUUUUAAAUUGAGUUAAUUCAGGUGUAUAGUGAUGUCAACCAAAAAAGCCACAAUAUUAAAUUAUUCUCAUAAAAUGUGUGUGCAGGGACUAAAUCUGUUAUUGAACCACUUGUUUCUGCUCGGCCUCUCCUCCAGUCUCUCCGUCUGUAUAUCUCACUCGAGCAGCGAUGCUUAUCAGAAUACGCAUAUUUGUUUGGCUGAGUAGCAUCAAGUGAUGUGGUUUAAAUUGCAUGUAAUUAAUCAGUGUGUUUCUGGACCGCUGAACAAGUCCUGGGUCCGGACUGCAGUCCGUCUGUUAGUGACCCCUGCUAUAAUGUAUAGACAAGUAUUUAAAUGUGAUUGGAAGGAUACCAACAUGAAUGCUGAUGACAGGUGGGGGAGAGUUGAAAGACAUGCUUGAAAUAUGGCACUGAAGUUACUACAUUCAUCUGAUGAAAAUCUAUGCAGGCUCAACUUUCAUGUUCACCAAUGGUGAAAAAUAAGAUGUAUUUUUGUAUGUAUGUUCUGUAAAACUGUUUGAUAACUUGGGUUUAAUUAUAAAUGAGUGAAACAACUCAACAAAGUCUGUGGUCAUAAUUAACACCAUGUUUCUGUUAACUUUGUUUUUUUAAAACUUUUGUAAAAGGUUCAGGAAAGAGCUGCUUCACUGGAGUAUUGUCCCUGGUGUACUUCAAAGGGCUUGACCUAUACUCUGCGCUCUUAUCGCAUCAACCUCCAGGAGUCUAUCACCCUCUGCACAAACCCACAGUGCCUUUUCCCUCUGGUCAGCCGUUCCUUGGAGGAUGUUUUGGCAGGCUUGGUUCCUGUGGAGCCCACUGUUGGGAACAAAAGAAAGAAUGCCUUGGCACUGGAAAAGGAAGAGUUGAUUAGACCUGUACACAAAUGCUUGCGAUCAAGUGACAGUCUUGGGCCACAGAGUAUUACAGAUGCACUUGUCAGCCCAGAGAAUGGUGCGGUAAACAUUGUCAAUAAUGGCCAUCAUGCAGCACCCAAGACAGAAGAGGGGAAGGUGAAUGGAUACAGGGAUUCUCCACUUGCAGCGACAACAGGAUGGGAGUCACUACAAUAUGAGGAUGAUGUUCUGGUCAAGGAACCGGAGAUGUCUGCUUGUGCAGAUGGUUUUGCUCCCCCUAUAUGCUUGACACCAGCUGGACACCUGCAGUGCUCAUCAGAAGCCUUGUUGAUCGCCGAUGCGGAUGAAGAUGUGCUCUCUCCUCACCGUGGUGCUCCUUGUGCCUCAGAGGAUGACUUCAGGCAAAUGAAGAGUCCUCAUGGAGUACUGAGCAGAUGCUGCAUUCUGGACCCCAAGCAGUCCUUGUCCACAACUGAGGACAUUUAUUCAGCUGAAAUCAAUACUCCAUUGUUGCAGACGGAACAGAAAUCACUGACUGCCGACAUCACCGCAUGUAAGGACAUAGGAAGCACUGAGUCAGAAAUGGAUGGUUUGUCCUCUGCCGUGCUGACGAAGUCAGAGGAGCUUGUAUCUGUUCAAAAUCAACCUUUUUGGAGGAACAGCGACAACUUGUGUUGGCUGGACUCGCUGCUUGUUGCUUUGGUAAACUGUCAGAGCUUGAGAAAGUGUAAACCUAAAGAUGAGCCUCAGCAGUCAUCUGUCUGGCAGCUGAUGAGAGGAUAUGAAGACGUUUGUGCUUCCAUCCAAGUCCAUCAACAGACUGGCAGAGAUGGUGCGGUUGGUGUGCCAAAUCAUGUGCUGCAAAAGGCUGAUGCAGACCUACACUGUCUCAGGAUGUCAGUCUUUAAACUACUGCAGCCCAAGCUGCAUUGCAAAUUAGAUAAAGUUCCUUUAAAUGACCGUGAAGUGGAGAACAUGCCUGCAUCUGCUGUCAGCACUCUUACCCGGGACGAUGCGCUAACUGCUGCGCACGUGUGCUGCUUUUCAGGUCAGAGGGAAACUCCGGUAUUUGCCAUGCCGCUUCUGCUGCAGUCGGACUCGUGGGUGGAGCCUCUCUUCCAGUCAACCUUCCACUGGGAGUUCAAGUGCAGUGAAUGCAAAACCACCACGAAAGAAAGGGUUAUAAAAACUCUCCCCACCUUCACAAAUGUUUUGCCUGAUUGGUGCCCCCUUGAUGCAGUCCACUUGGCCCCGUGCAACAUGUGCUGCCAGAAGAAUCAGAGGAGGACGAUGAAGCUGGAGAGUGUGCCUCCAGUGUUUGCGCUGCACUUCGUCGAGGGGCUUCCAGACAACGAUGUCAGAACAUUCGCCUUCGCCUUCAAGGAGAAGCGCUACUCGGUCACCACCGUCAUACAGUACAACCAUCAACUCAAGCAUUUUGUCACCUGGAUUUGUAACUCUGAUGGAUCAUGGCUGGAAUAUGACGACAUGAAACAUCCGGAGUGCAAGACCCAUCAAAAGCUCUUGGUUCCUGCUCAGGAGAUGCACGUCGUCUUCUGGGAGGGGAAGGAGGAUAAAGAGCCUCGUGUCUGUUCUCCCUCUAGCACAUUUGCUGAAUCUCCCCCAUCUAAAAAUGUGAUGAACCCCAGUCAAAGGCACACAGACUUAACAGCAGACACACUGUUUUCCUGCGGUCCCGAUCAGUCUUUUCUGAUGUCGCACGACGUCACCGACAUCAUCGGUGCACUCUCUGUGUCUGAAGACCGCAGCAAUGUCAUGGACACAAUGGUUGCACCCGAAGUUGAUACAUCAAUAGGUUCCACGACCCUGCUCGACACCUUCGAGGGCCUUUCCCAAAAUGACAUCAUUACACUCACACUUGAAAAAAUUGAUUCAGAAAUGCAGCCUUUAAACGACAAGGAAACUCAGGAGUUGAGUGUUCCCAGCAGGAUUGAAAUACUUGACUCCACCCCGGAUAGCUCCUCCGCUGUAAUAGGCAGUGAAAGGUCCCACGACACUGAUGUUGAGCUCCCCGCCGCUACUUCGUCUGAUUCUGCGGAUGGCUCGUCUAGUGAUCCUACGUUUGUGCCUGAAGGUAGGAGAGGACGGGGUAAAAGAGUUGGCAGAGGCAAACCAGUUGGCAGAGGCAAACCAGUUGGCAGACAAAUGGUUAAAAAGGCUCAGCAAGCGUCCCCUGUGUCCUUGACGGAUGCCUCCCCCCUGUCCACUGGUCAGAAAGGUCCACCUCAGAACGCCCGCUGGUCCUUCCUGCUCAGCAAACACCCAUUAAACCAAGUUCACAAGGCAAUUACUAAAUCUGACCCCAUCCACACACCCACCUCAGUCGCACAAGUAAAGCCCACUCCUCCCACUCAUUGUACGCCCGAGCCUGAGAGAAGACCGCAGAAGCCUGCAGGAUUCUUCCCAAAACCACAACUCAAGACAGAAGACGGUGUCGGUCUCCCGCUAAAAGCUGCGGAAAUGUACGGUGGAUUCGGUGCCAAGAGCUCAAACGCCCGAAGUGUGCUCCUGUGUCCGGCUGUUCUCAAUGGCAAGUCGAAGCCGUUUCAACCCAUACCUUCAAACCAGCAGACAUCCCUGAAGACCACUGCAGUGGUGUCUGGUACAUUGCCUCCUUUGCCUGGAGCAAAGCGGCUUCCUGAAAUAUCCCACCCAAAGAAACAAAGCAGCCAGUCCUCGAAGCUUCCUCCCGGUCUCAGCGACACAGACGCCCUCCGGUACAAGCUGAUUAAGAAACUGAAGGCAAAGAAAAAGAAGCUCGCAAAGCUGAAUGAAAUGUUGGGCCUUCAGGGGGGGGCCAGCCGCCGCCCUGACAGCACUGACCUGGGCUCCCCGAAUACGGUCACCUCCAGCACCUACGACGGCUCCAUCUGCGCCGACUUCCUCUCGGAUCUGCUUUCGCCGGCAACGACCGCGAGCAAUCUUUCACCAGACAGCACCGGCUUCCUCGAGAUGCUCACCAACGGGCAUGAUGGAGCCGACCAGGUGGACUGUGGGGUCAAUGCGGUCGGUGCAGUUACCCAGACAAACGCACCCAACACUGAAAACUUCCUGGAGGAGUUUCUCUCUCAGGCUGUGGCUCAGGCACCGACUGAGAUGGAGACAGAGGCACUUAAUGCACUUGAGCUUUUCGUUUGAGCUCUGGAGGAGUUGCUUGUCUGCAAGCGCCGAGCACAGAUCACAUCAACCUGCACUUUUGGUCUCUUGGGGAAAAUGUUGCAAAAGGAACUGUUCCACAUAAAGAUGCAAAGUAGGGAAAUCUAUUAUGUUGUAUUCAAUUAGAUGGGUUAAUAAUGUUCAAAUGCAUGUUAAGAGGUGGAGUUGGUUGAACCAUAGAUGACAUUUGUAUACCAUAAUAUUCUCUGGCACAUUGUAAAUAUUGUUAGUUAUCGGGUUGUAUGAAGCAAUGGUGUUUACAGCCAAAGCUGUUUGUUUGCCUUGUUUUGUUAUGUACUUGUCAACUUACUUGAAGAUUUUCAUGAACAUGAUUUAUUUUUUACGUGUCAUUUAAUAAAAAUUUUAGAUGA